CAGCCAUGGCCCGCACAACUUUGACACUGCUAGCGAGCCUUGCAGCCCUAGCUGUCCCAUCCUUUUCGACUCCUAUCGAGCUACCACCUAUCGACUUCAACCUUGCCGAGUGGUGGACAAAGCAGCUCUUCCCGUGCCCGGUAUGGGGAGGAACCUUGCCGAACGGCUACCAAGACCUCGCCGGGAAGUACUGCAGUAACGUCUGGACAAAGACAUGGACCCAGGGCUCGACCACUGCCCGCCUGUAUCAGGUUCCCGGAGACUGGCAGUCCAAGCCCCGUUACAACGAGUUUGUCAACGGCUUCGGGGACGCCAUCCAAAAGGGGCUUGGCAGCUUCGGGUCCCUGGCGGGGCCGCUGACCAUCAACGUCGGCAUUGCCCACGGCGGUGUUGGCGAGUAUGUCAAGAUGGACGACGACAACUCGGGCACCAAAACCCCAUGCUACAUCCUGGUCGAGUUCCCAGCCGACUGGGAGAACAUACCCCUUACCGCCCUCCAAAAGGACAUCAUCCAGGCCAUGUACCGAUGCGUCGAGCACUUCCACCACCCGACCGUGACGGCCUGGACAGAUGGCAACGAGUGGUGGCGCCGCGGGAUUGCACGGUACUUCGACGGCCUGUCCUACCCCGCCCAAUCUGCCUUCCUCAACCGCGGAUUAUACCCAGAAGAAUACCACUACGGCGUGACACUCUACCAAAACGAAGACGCCGCGGCCCUCUUCUUCCACUACGCCGACCAGCACCGCGGCUGGACCCCAACCGACGUGCACAACUGGAUGAAAGGCCACGCCAACAAGGCCAGCUACGACGAAGAGCGCACCUCACUGGCAGCAGACCCCAAAAUCACGCCCGGACUCUGGCACGGUUUCAUCCUCGCCUCCAUCGACGGCACGAUUGCAUACCCCGGCGGCCAGAAGAUCACAAACGUCCACGGUGGCCCGCCGAAGCGUGUCUACAACAGUGCAAACGACGUGGUAGCCCCCGCCGCGGUGGGGCAGGAAUAUUCUAAGCUGGUUAGCAUUUCGUCGUUCAAGGGGGGUAUACACGUGUUUUCUGUGAAACCGGGCCAGACGUUGCGCGUGUCGGUGCAGACCGAGCCCGGGGUCGAAUGGAGCCUUCGCAAGGUCGGGACGACGGCGUGGAAUAGCGGAGCACGGGACCGGACGGUGGAGUUGGUGGUUUCCGCGGGGCAGGGGAAUGUCAACUAUGAGAUUGCUAUCAGCUCUACUAUGGCUGCUGCUGCGGGGUAUCAUGCUAGGGUUAGGAUGGUGAGGAGUGCGUGAUUCGAGUGGCCGAGGGGUGGGCUUAUAGCCCGGGGUUGUCCU